GCAAAUGGCCUUUAAUUAUAAUAAGUUCAAGUGUGAAGUGGAUAAACUGGAUGUAUAUGGAAAUACUGAGAGUGCAGGGGAUUCAAAAGCUGCAAGUCAACCACAGAGCCCAUCAAAUAAGAAACGAAGAACUUCAAAUACAGGGGUUCCUACCCAGACUAGCCCUUCUUUACCAGACCUUGUUCCCCCUCCUCCAAUGAGUGGUUAUGGAGAUACAAUUGUUGCUAGCAAUCCUUUUGACGAUACUCCUAUUGUGAAUAACACAGGACAGACAAUGAUGGUUCCAUCUUCAGUACCAAACAUGAAUUCAGUUAGCAGUCCUUCUUUAAAUAACAAGCCAGUGCCCUUAGGCUCAGGAAAGGUUUACCCACCAGGUCAGUCAAUGGUAUUGAAUCCACAAAACCCUAAUGCACCACCCAUCUACCCUUGUGGUAUUUGUCAUAAAGAAGUCCAUGAUAAUGACCAAGCUCUCCUUUGUGAAAGUGGUUGCAACUUUUGGUUCCACAGAGUAUGCACAGGACUCACAGACAUUGCUUUUCAUCUUCUUACAGCUGAAGUUUAUGCUGAAUGGGUUUGUGACAAGUGUCUUUCAACAAAGGAUAUUCCAAUGGUGAAAUUCAAACCAUGACAGUUUUGGUGCGAUUUAACGUUUUUGUUCCUUGACACAUUACACUAUGUUUUAACUUCCUCGUUUUCAAUUAUAAAACACAUACCAUUGCAUCUAUACAUUAACAUUUCGAUUGAUGUAUUUGAGUGGCUCAUUUCUUGAAGUUUAAUAUUCCUAUUGUAAGAUAUAAGGCCUAACACAUGAACUGUGUAUAUAAAUGAACAAAUAAGCAGGGCAGUUUAUCAAUUAUUACUAAAAUUAAUGCUAAAAUUUACAUCAUUCUUUGCCUUAUCAAAAUUUGCAUUUUCCUGUGUUCUUUAUCUUUUUAUAAAGAAUAAAAUGAAUUUAAUGCACAGAAAAACAUUUUAUGCUUUUUAAAGC